GUGUAGAAUUUGGAAUCCCUGCGUCUGGUUAACAAUGAAGCAGAGUUCGAACGUGCCGGCUUUCCUCAGCAAGCUGUGGACGCUUGUGGAGGAAACCCAUACCAACGAAUUCAUCACCUGGAGCCAGAAUGGCCAAAGUUUUCUGGUUUUGGAUGAACAAAGAUUUGCAAAAGAAAUUCUCCCCAAAUAUUUCAAGCACAAUAACAUGGCAAGCUUUGUGAGGCAACUGAAUAUGUAUGGUUUCCGUAAAGUUGUACAUAUUGACUCCGGAAUUGUAAAGCAGGAAAGAGAUGGUCCUGUUGAAUUUCAGCACCCUUACUUCAAACAAGGCCAGGAUGACUUGUUGGAGAACAUUAAAAGGAAGGUUUCAUCUUCAAAACCAGAAGAAAAUAAGAUUCGUCAGGAAGAUUUAACAAAAAUUAUAAGUAGUGCUCAGAAGGUUCAAAUAAAACAGGAAACUAUUGAGUCCAGGCUUUCUGAAUUAAAAAGUGAGAAUGAGUCCCUUUGGAAGGAGGUGUCAGAAUUACGAGCAAAACAUGCACAACAGCAACAAGUUAUUCGAAAGAUUGUCCAGUUUAUUGUUACGUUGGUUCAGAAUAACCAACUUGUGAGUUUAAAACGUAAAAGGCCUCUACUUCUAAAUACUAAUGGAGCCCAAAAGAAGAACCUGUUUCAACAUAUAGUCAAAGAACCAGCUGAUAAUCACCAUCAUAAAGUUCCACAUAGUAGGACUGAAGGUUUAAAGCCAAGGGAGCGGAUUUCAGAUGACAUUAUUAUUUAUGAUGUAACUGAUGAUAAUGCAGAUGAAGAAAAUAUCCCUGUUAUUCCAGAAACUAAUGAGGAUGCUAUAUCUGAUCCCUCCAACUGUAGCCAGUACCCUGAUAUUGUCAUUGUUGAAGAUGACAAUGAAGAUGAGUAUGCACCUGUCAUUCAGAGUGGAGAUCAGAAUGAACCAGCUAGAGAAUCCCUAAGUUCAGGCAGUGAUGGCACCAGCCCUCUCAUGUCUAGUGCUGUCCAGCUAAAUGGCUCAUCUAGUCUGACCACAGAAGAUCCUGUGACCAUGAUGGAUUCCAUUUUAAAUGAUAACAUCAAUCUUUUGGGAAAGGUUGAGCUGUUGGAUUAUCUUGACAGUAUUGAUUGCAGCUUAGAGGACUUCCAAGCCAUGCUGUCAGGAAGACAGUUUAGCAUAGACCCAGAUCUCCUGGUUGAUUCUGAGAAUAAAGGAUUAGAAACUACCAAGAACAAUGUAGUUCAGCCAGUUUCAGAAGAGGGAAGAAAAUCUAAACCCAAAACAGAUAAGCAGCUUAUCCAGUACACUGCCUUUCCACUUCUUGCAUUCCUCGAUGGGAACCCUGCUUCUACUGUUGAACAGGGGAGUACAGCAUCAUCAGAAGUUAUGUCCUCUGUAGAUAAACCCAUAGAAGUUGAUGAGCUUCUGGAUAGCAGCCUAGAUCCAGAGCCAACCCAAAGUAAGCUUGUUCGCCUGGAGCCAUUGACUGAAGCCGAAGCUAGUGAAGCCACACUGUUUUAUUUAUGUGAACUUGCUCCUGCACCUCUGGAUAGUGAUAUGCCACUUUUAGAUAGUUAAAUCCCCAAGAAGUGGACUCUACAUGUAUAUAUUCAUCAAAAUGAUGAACUAUUUAUUUUAAAGUAUCAUUUGGUACUUU